ACCGACGCUAUCCCGCCGAUCGGUUCUAUAAAAGCGGCCUUUGGACUACGAGAGUACGAGAGAGUACCGAUAUCGCGAGACGCACGCACAUCAUGAUUAGCAAAUUGCUGUUUUUGGGUCUGGUAUGCAGCCAUGCCUUCGCCGAAGAGGUCGAAACGUCGAAUCAAAAGAAAAGAGAUAUCCUAAACGACGGAUGGAUCGGCCUUUCCAGCCCUUCUACUAUCUACGGGCAUGGGCAACCUUGGUCCAGCGAUACAAACCCAUGGAGAGGUCUUAAAAUCUCCUCGGACUCGUCACACCUCGACACAUCCGGAUGGCAAUAUGGCUCGUCCUCGCGGCCAAUCGCUCACUGGCCCUCGAAGACGGAGACGCAUCACGUGAAGACGGUCCCCGUCAUCGUCACCAAACACGUCGUCGUGGAGAAGCCGGUGGCCGUCCGGGUGCCCGAGCCCGUACUCGUCGAGCGGCCCAUUCACGUGCCCGUCGAGAAAGUCAUCCCCGUGCCCAUCGAGAAGAUCAUCCACAAGCCAGUGCCCAUCGCUGUACCCUACCCGCACGCAGUUCCGGUGACGAUCGAGCACACGGUACCUAUUCCCAUUAAGCACCCGGUCGCGGUGCCAAUCCAUCAUCCAUUCCCGGUGCCGAUAAAGCACCCGGUCCCGUUCCCAGUGGCUGUCCCGGUGCCGCUCCACCUGGGCCACGGCCACGGACACGCUCAACACGACUACGGACUCUCUUUCGGCUUGGGCUACGGCUCGGGGCCUUAUCAACAUGGGGCCUUGGGUGGAUCCCACGGCUAUCCUCACGGCUACGGGGGCUCCUCGCACGGCUACUCAUCCCAUGGCUAUCCCGGCUACUACGGGCCGGAGCACGGCUACGGGCCUCACUACGGGCCUCACUACGGGGCCAACUACGCAGCUAACUACGGCUCCAAUUACGGGUCCAAUUACGGGUCUAAUUACGGGUCCAAUUACGGGGCCAACUACGGAGGUCCGGAGCACUAUCACACGAGCCGCAGUGCCGACUACAAGGGCAAGCGGAAUAAGAGCGGCAGAACGGCUCGAGGAGAAGAGGAGAGGAAAUGA